UGUUUACCUACUAUCAUAAAGCUCAUUUAUCUAAAAUAAUCUCAUUUUAAAAAAUAAAUUUAUUAAUACCAUUUCUUAAUGACUUCAUUCAAAUGACAAGGUAUGAAAGUUCGCAUCAUACUGAAAUAAAUUUUGUAUGCAUAAAUUUUAAAUUUAAAAAAAAAAUCUAAUCAAUACUUCCAGAGAAAUAACAGCUUAAAGAACUAGCAAACGUGCAUAAAAUAAUUAGAUAAAAGAGUGUAAAAAGUAUCUAUAAUUUUAAAAAUACGCUGUUACUAAAAGUGUAAAAUAAUGGUACAGUGAAGAAAAUUAACAUCUAUCACUAAGGCUGAGUGUUAUUUUGUAACCUUUUACAUAUGUUAAUGAUGAUAUUAAGAUGUUAAUGAUGUUUCUUUUCUUGCGUUAAAUACGCUCAGUUGUGAGAACCAGUGAACAUUUUUUUUAAUAGGUUUUGUUCCUAAGAAAGUGAUAACUUAUGUUACCUCACUUCCUAAGUUGUAAUAAAAACCGUGAUUUUUGCAUUCAUGGAAUAAUGGCCUAUUUCUGAGGACGAUCAUUUAUUAUGAAAGCAAUACGGGUGGGCAGUUUUUCCUACUAACAUCCGCCUUCCACCACAGGAAUUCAAUGAAGACUUUUAAAAAGUCUUAGCGAGUUUCGUCACAGUAUUUUGGACUUCUGAGUGUUGUCAUUCAUUUUUUUAUUAUUCUAAGCAUUCACUGAAGGAACAGGUCCAAGGCUCUUGAGUUAAUGAUUGCUGGACCGUGAACAGGUGGCACACGACCCUGUUCAACUUUAUUCUUCGUGGUCAUUAGGGGGCUCACGACACCAUCCGUCUAUUAUCAGUUGUUUAUUUUUAUCGAUAUUUACAAUGAAGAUGCCAAGAUGGAAAAAGCAAUGGAUUAGGAUGCAUUAUGUCGAUAUUUGGAGACGUAGAAAUACGUGGUUUCAACCUCCGAAAAAAAAGGAGUAUUCUUUGCAAGCUGAUCCAGAGCUCAUCUUCACAAAGCAGGAAAAAAUUGGUCAAGGUGGCUUUGGCGAAGUUUUCAAGGGUAUAAACAAACAGACGCAGCAAGUUGUGGCUAUAAAGAUCAUUGAUUUAGAACAAGUCUUGGAAGAAAUAGAAGACAUUAGGCAAGAGAUCAUGGUUUUGUCUCAAUGUGACAGUCCUUAUGUGACAAAAUACUACGGGUCUUACUUGAAAGGGCCAAAAUUAUGGAUUAUCAUGGAAUAUCUCGGAGGUGGAUCUGCAUUGGAUCUGAUGAAAGCGACCAAGUUUGAAGAAAUCCACAUAGCUAUUGUGUUGAGAGAUGUUCUGAAAGGCCUUGAUUAUUUACAUUCGGAACGCAAAGUACAUCGAGAUAUUAAAGCUGCUAAUAUUCUUCUGUCAGAGAUCGGAGAGGUGAAACUUGCAGAUUUCGGUGUAGCUGGACAACUUACAAACACUACCAGCAAAAGAAAUUCCUUAGUUGGUACACCAUUUUGGAUGGCUCCUGAAGUAAUAUGCCGCUCAGCUUAUGAUUCUAAGGCUGACAUUUGGAGUUUAGGGAUCACUGCCAUAGAAUUAGCGAAAGGCAAAGCUCCUCGCUCUGAUCUUCAUCCAAUGAAAGUUCUUCUCCUCAUCCCUAAAAGUAAUCCUCCACAGCUGAAUGGCAACUAUAGCAAGCCAUUUCGAGAGCUGGUAGAGGCUUGCCUUAAUAAAGACCCAGCAAAUAGACCAACGGCAAAAGAGCUUUUGAAAUUCCAGUUUAUAAGGAAAGCUAAGAAAAAUUCCUGCGUUAUUGACUUAAUUGAAAAGUACAAAACUUGGAAAGAACGUGAAUCUGGACUUGGAAGCUUGAGUGAUUCAGAGCCAUCUGAUUCGGAAGAAUCUCCUUGUAAUAAUGAUUCCUGGCAAACAUUUCGAUGGGAUUUGGGAACUCUUCAACCUCCAAGUACUUUAGAUAUGAAAAUCAAAGCGCCACCUCCCACAAAUGAUACUUUUCUAUCUUCAAAAGAUUAUCCUCUAGUCAAGCCUUUUAGUGAACCUACUCCAAAUUUUAUUUCGCCCGUCGUACCUAGAAACAUGUGUUGGAACCGUGGUGGCAGUGUG